GCGCCUCGCUACUCCUCGCGGCCAACGCCGCCAAAUAUUAUCCACCUAGCCCGCCGCCGCCGGAGCCCUCGCGAUGGCCUCACGCUCGCCUGCUGACCACCUACCGCCUCCGCAUUCGCGGGUGACACCCGAGGGCCCGGCUGCGUGGCGCAGCGGCUGGCGUUGGGCGGUGCUCGGCUCCUUCUCGUACCUCUCCGCUUCAAACGCCUUCAUGUGCAUGGACUUUUCGGAUGACUACGGGCUAAACGAGCGGCUGCUUCGAUCCGGCGAGGCUGACGUCGCUCUCCUCUACUCCCUCUUCCUCCUCUCCGUCGUGCCUGUGAUGCCGCUCGCCGCGUGGGGAGUCGUGCGGCAUCACUGGAGCACGGUCGCGUUCGCCAAUGCGCUCAACGUCGCAGGAGGAUGGCUCCGAUACCUCGCUGUCGUCCGCUCCUCGUAUGCGCUCGCGGUCCUCUCCAGCCUCGUCUGCGGCGGCGCGGCGGCGGUCGUCGUCUGCUCCUUCACCGCCGUCUCUGAGCGCUGGUUCCGCCCUUCGCACCGCGGCUUGGCGACCUCGAUAGCGGUCCAGUCCAACUACCUCGGCUGGGCGCUGGGCUCGCUCAUCGGCGCGGGCGAGGCGGGCGAGGCGGAGCGUCUGAUGGCACUCUCGGGUAUCGGCACGAUCGGCUUCAUCGGCCUCGCGCUCUCCCGCGCAGUCGAGCUCGCUGACGGCGUCCCCGAGGCGCCCCGAAAGAUCACUAUCUCACGCCAUUGGCCCGCCACAGUUUGGCUAGAUCUCGGCUAG